UGUUCGGAGAGCAAACAAAGCCUUCGCUCUGUGUUGGCCGGACAAAGCGCCUUUAUAAAAGGAGCUGCCAAAUGCACCCAUGCAGUCUGAAGGGGGCUGCUUUGCUGUCGCUGAGGCCGCCAUUGUCUCCUAUGGAAGGCUCCAGGGAUCACUUACAGACUGAGAGCGAAACUGUCUCUCCCGGCAGGGAGACAGGGCAGCUGGGGAUGGCAGAAGGCGACGCUGUAGAAAUGGACGUGCCAGAGACAUCCAAAGGGCCAAUACACCAAGAGGAUGGAGGUCCAUUAGAUGUGGCUGAUCCUACAGAAGAGGGCAAGGCUUGCUGUUCCCCUGCCAAGGAAGGCCCAGAUCUGGACGCUGCCCAGUUAGGCGCUCCAGAACCGGUGCCCUCAGCUCCCUUGGAGCCGCCCGCUUUGACGGAGACUUCUGUGCCGCCGGUGGCCGACCUGCACCACCCGCGCCCCUCCAAAGUCUCGCUGGCCGAGAUGGAUUGCCUCAUCUGCUUCAACCGGUACAGCGCAAGCCGCCCGCCCAAAGUCCUGGCCUGCCAGCACGUCUUCUGUGGCGUCUGUUUGAAGCUCCUCCUGCGGAACGAAGACCACACCUGGGUCGUCAGCUGCCCGCUCUGCCGGAAGGCCACCGUCGUUUUCGGAGGCCUGAUCUGCAGCCUUCACAACAAGGAGGAUGUGGUGGGCCGGCUGGGCUACUCCAGCCUGGACGCCGAGGUCCCCUGUCCGCCAGACCCUCCUGGCACCGGCCUCGCCGACGGCAACCCCGCCUCUGAGAAUGGUGCCGCCAGGGGACCAAGCCGGGCAGCGGCCAAGAGGCUGGUGCUGCUCUUGCUGCUGGUGGUUGUCCUUAUCGUCCUGGUCCUCCCCUUCAUGUACACGGGGAUGCUGAAGUGGGUGCUUUGCUCUGUGGUGGUCCUGGGACUCGUCAUGUCGGUGUUGCUUUGCUGCAACCCCAGCUGGAGCUGCCCAGAUCUCACACGGUCUCCCUGGAGGUGGAAGGAGAGCCAGGCGGCGCCGGUUGCUUGAGAAGACCGCCAGGCUGUGGUUUCCUUAUUUGCAGGUCGGGAGCGUUGCGUGGAUCCCGUGCUUUUGGGGAACGUUGUAGCGGUUGAGGUUUCUUACUUGGGGACCUUGAGCCAGGGCGCCUGUCAUCCGCUGCUGGGAGAAGGACCCACAGAGGAGUCCUUCCUUCUUUGGGUCAUUGUACAGAUCUGGCAGAGAGGCUGGUCCUGUCGCUGGACCAGAGGGUGAGGAGGGUGGAGAGUUUGCUAACACAACCCCUGGUGCCUGUUCCCGUUAAGGCACAGCCCCGCAUGCCCCACAGCGGGAGCCUACCGAGAGACACAAACGCAGCUCCCUGUUGAGUUUUGGGUGGUUUCACCCGCCUGCCUCAUUGAAUAAUUUGUUGUUGCCAGAGAACGUCUGGCUGAUUCGCUACAAGGCAACCGAGCUUCUGGCUUGAAGAAAGCGGGUUCGGACAUCUCCAUCAAGCAUGGUCAAUGGCUGUUAAGCAUGUUGGCUAAGUGUAACCUCCAUGCUCAGAUGCGGUCCACCUGUGAAUGCUGAGAGGCCGAUAGCAAAGGCUGCUGCUUUAACGUUCUGCUUCUCCAGAGGCAUCUGACGGGCCGCUGUGACCACAGGAUUCUGGACUAGAUGGGUUGGGGGAGCAUCUGUGGUCUUCUGGAUAUUUCUGGACCACAAAUUCACACCACCCCCUGACCAUUGGCCAUGUUGACUGCAGAUGAUGGGAGACAGAGCCCAACAAAAGCUGGAGGGUUGGAUGGAUCCUGGCUUGGAUGGAUCCAUCAGGGCUUCUCUUAGAAUCCCCUUAAUACAGGGUAAAGGUAAAGGUAAAGGGACCCCCGACCAUUAGGUCCAGUCGUGACCGACUCUGGGGUUGCGGCGCUCAUCUCGCGUUAUUGACCGAGGGAGCCGGCAUACAGCUUUCAGGUCAUGUGGCCAGCAUGACUAAGCCACUUCUGACGAACCAGAGCAGCACACGGAAACGCCGUUUACCUUCCCGCUUGUAGCGGUACCUAUUUAUCUACUUGCACUUUGACGUGCUUUCGAACUGCUAGGUUGGCAGGAGCUGGGACCAAGCAACUGGAGCUCACCCCGUCACGGGGAUUCGAACUGCCGACCUUCUGAUCGGCAAGCCCUAGGCUCUGUGGUCUAACCCACAGCGCUACCUGCGUCCCUUUAAUACAGUUUACCUGCUGUUUAAUUCCCCCAGUUGUCCCUGCAGUCGGGCGUUUGUUUGUAAAGAGUGUCUUUUCCAACAAGAUGAAAUGGAGAUUCCCCAACCUUUCUACGUGAGAGAGAUGGACUAUAGCGGGGAGGCGACAACGUACAUCUCCCUCCAGACAUUGUGCUCCAGCUCCAGCGGCCACCAAGCCCCAGUGGUCAGGGAUGAUGAAGGGAGCUGGAGUCCCAGCAACCUCUGAAGGUUUCCCAUCCAUGGAUUACAGUAGGUAGAAAAGGCUGAGUCCUCCAGGUAUCAUUUAACGCAGAGUAAGGGUAGAUCUUUAUGGGCAUCAUUUAAUGCACAAUGCAAAAGGGCUUGUUCCUGUGUGCCUGUGAUUUCUGCAAAGAUGCUGAUGAGCAAAAGAUCUGUGACAGUAAAUAUAGCACAAACACAACUCGGGUACCUCUGCAAAUAAGGGCAGUUGAAACACUCAGUAUUAUCAAAAUGUACCGUGUUUUCAUUUUUACAAAAUAGUGUAUAUAUUUAAUAGGUUUUCAUAUGUAUAAAUAGACUAUUUGUCUUG